UUCGGAUGAGCCUAACUAGGCUGGGGGCUGCCGCACGUCCGUUAAAAAUAGCAGUGCGCAGCGUGGUGGGGGCGGCGGCCCGACGGUCCCGGCGGCGCGCAGUGCCUGGCGCACCGCGGAGCGGAGCAGCGCGGAGCGGGAAUGUCGGAGGAGUAAAAGUGGGGGGAUGCCAGUUUCUAGAGCACUUUUCCUCAAGGAGACCGAGGAGAGGGCGGUGGAGUUGUGUUGUGUCGCUAGAUAGAUGGCUGUUCUACGCUCCAGGCUGUCAGCCGAGGAAGGCUCCCUUGGAAAAGGCCUCCGCGAACUGCUGGGAACUUUUCUCUGCUGCACGUACUGGAAUAGGGAGCGAUUACUGAAAGGCACGGGAGAGGCUGCUGGCAUUUGAAAGUCCCUUUACCGCUCCUUGGUGCAAUACAAAUUCCGUUCUGGGUGAAGGCAGAGUGUAGGCUUUAACCUAUAUCCUUACCCACGUCAGCUGGCCUGGGUGGAAAGCAUCGCUGUGGUCUGAUGACAGACUCCAACCGUCAUGUUAAGGUAAAGCAGAAAAGCUCAGUGCUGAACAUGCUAAAGAAGUUGGACAAAAUAAGGUUCAGAGGUCACAAGAGAGAUGAGUUCCUUGAUUUAGCAGAGUCUCCAAAUGCGUCAGACACUGAAUGUGGAGAUGAAAUUCCAGUGAAAAUACCUCGCACAUCACCCCGAGACAAUGAAGAGCUAAGAGACCCUGCUGGUCCAGGGACCAUCAUCAUGGCUUCAGGAGUCCAGGAUUUUAACAGAACGGAGUCUGACAGACUGAAUGAGAUCAAAGGGCACCUGGAAAUAGCCUUACUGGAGAAACAUUUUUUACAGGAGGAGCUCAGGAAGCUGAGAGAAGAAACAAAUGCGGAAACAUUAAGGCAAGAGCUAGAAAAAGAAAGGCAGAGGAGAUUAGAACUAGAACAAAAAGUCAACGAAGUACUUAAAACAAGAGCAGAAGAGGUGCCUGCAACUCAGCAGCCUGCGAAGCCACAGUCACAGGCCAAUGGAUCAGAUAAGCGCAGUCACACAGUGUGUUCAAGACUCCAGAAGUGGUUUUACGACAAAUUUGGGGAGUAUGUUGAGGACUUCAGAUUUCAGCCAGAGGAAAAUACAGUAGAAACGGAAGAACCACUUAGUGCUAGAAGGUUGACUGAAAAUAUGAGAAGAUUAAAGAGAGGUGCCAAACCUGUUACUAAUUUUGUGAAGAAUCUUUCUGCCUUAUCAGACUGGUAUUCUAUCUACACUUCUGCUAUUGCCUUUAUUAUUUACAUGAAUGCUGUAUGGCAUGGCUGGGCCAUUCCUAUGUUCUUAUUUUUAGCAAUUUUGAGGUUGUCCCUAAAUUACCUCAUAGCCAGGGGCUGGAGAAUUCAGUGGAGCAUUGUGCCUGAAGUUUCUGAACCCAUGGAACCUCCAAAAGAGGACCUGACAGUGUCAGAAAAGUUUCAGCUUGUUCUAGACGUGGCUCAAAAAGCACAGAACCUUUUUGGCAAGAUGGCAGACAUACUGGAAAAAAUAAAAAACUUGUUCAUGUGGGUCCAGCCAGAAAUAACACAGAAGCUCUACAUUACUCUUUGGGCAGCUUUUAUUGCAUCCUGCUUUUUACCCUACAGGAUUAUUGGGCUUGCAAUGGGUCUGUAUGCUGGAAUCAAGUUUUUCCUUAUUGAUUUUAUCUUCAAACGAUGUCCCAGACUUAGAGCUAAGUAUGAUACUCCUUAUAUUAUCUGGACAAGUCUCCCGACAGAUCCUCAGCUUAAAGAAAGAUCUAACGCUACAGUGUCGAGACGGGCAUCGUUGUACUACAGUACCCCUAAAAGCUGGAUGCUGUCAGGGCAUGAAAAGCUUCAAACAGCAGUGUCAAGAAGUUAUGUAGGCUCAAGCGCUCCAGCUGGAAUAAACAAGGAUGAAGACAGUAGUCGUUUUCAUACUACCAAGAGAGGCAAUUUCCAUGAAGUUUUUAACCUGUCAGAAAAUGAGCGCCCUUUAGCAGUGUGCGAAAAUGGCUGGCGCUGUUGCUUGAUUAACAGAGAUAGAAAGAUGCCUACAGACUACAUUAGGAAUGGGAUUCUUUAUGUCACAGAAAAUUACUUAUGCUUUGAAAGCUCCAAAUCUGGCUCAUCUAAAAGAAAUAAAGUUAUAAAGCUAACGGAUAUAACAGAUAUUCAGAAGUAUAAAGUACUCUCUGUUCUUCCGGGAUCAGGAAUGGGAAUUGCUGUUUCAACACCAUCUACACAAAAACCUCUGGUGUUUGGUGCGAUGGUACACAGAGAUGAAGCUUUUGAGACAAUUUUCAACCAAUAUGUGAAAAUAACCUCUGCGUCAUCGAACAGUGAGAGCUAGUAUCUUACCUUAGAAGAUCUAAAGAAAUUUUCUUAAUUUACAAUUUGGCAGUGGGAAAAAAUGAACAUCCUCAUCUAUUUUGCAAUAAUUUUUCUUGUCUUGUGGUUUUUAUUCUAUCUGUUACAUAAAUCAAGUGUAUUUUUUAUAUGCCUU